AUGGGUGCUACUAUUCCGCGUUUUGUUUGUUACUUACGGAGCCUUCCCCCCUCCCUUCCCCGCUCCCAACCCUUUCCUCCCAACACCCUCUUUCCACACUUCCCCUCCCUCUCCCUCCCCCACCUUCUCUUAUCUUCCCCCUUGCAGGCCGCCGUUUCCGCCGCAACGUCCGUGAAACCAACCGGUGUCGGCACGACCACCGGUGGCACAACCGGCGCCGUCGCAGCCGGCGGUAGCGGCGCCGGCGGGGACGGCGGCGAUGCGGGGGAUGACGUCAUCAGCGGAAGCUACACCCCGCCGCCCAAGUGCCCCGCGGGGGAUGCGGCGUGCGCAGGGGGGGCGGGGGCGGCGGCGGACCCCGACUCGCCGCCGGCCGUGGCGGAGUGCCCCAAGGGGGAACGACGGUGCUCCAACGGAGCGUGCGUUAAGAUCGGCAUGCUCUGCACGCUCUCCCUGCAGUGCACGGCGGGGCAGUUCCGCUGCCACGACAGCAGCGGGUGCGUGCCGGACGAGGCGGUGUGCGAUGGGCAGGAGGACUGCAACGACGGGUCGGACGAGUCAGGCGACGACUGCGAGCUGAUUAGCGGGUGCCUGGCGCAGGGGCUGGCUGCCUGCCCCGCAGACUCGCAGUGCAUUUCCCUUCGGAAGUUCUGCGACGGAGUCAAUGACUGCAAGAGCGGGUCGGAGGAGGGCGAGGACUUCUGCUCCACUUACAGGUGUCCACGUGGCACCUUCAAGUGCCCCUCCUCGCCACUCAUCUGCCGCCCAGGCGCCAUGUGCGACGGCAAGAACCACUGCCCUGUAACGAAUCCCGACCUGCCUUAUACGGAGGAUGAAGACCCAGCGAUGUGCAGCAGCUUCACCCGACCUAUAGACCCCCGCACAGGCCUUCCCACCAGCGGUGCCACCAUCACCCGCGUGGGGGAUGGUCCCCUGGGCCCUGGCCAGAGAGGCACGAGGGGAGGGACUGGCGGAGGGAGUGGUGGAGGGAGUGGUGGUGGGAAGGGUGGUGGGAAAGGUGGGAAGGGUGGGAAGGGCGGAGGGAAGGGUAGUGGUGGUGGGAAGGGGAAGGGUAGUGGUGGUGGGAAGGGGAAGGGGAGUGAUGGUGGGAAGGGAAAGGGGAGUGGAGGAAGUGGGGAUAAUGCAGGGAGUGGAAAGGGGAGCCAGGUGGAUGCAUCAGGGGAGGUGAAGAAGCAGGCAGAAAAUGUGAAAGCAGCAGCUGACAAGGUCAAGCAAAAAGUGAAACCAACAGGAAUCGUUGUGCCUAAGCGUGGGGGCGGAAAUUAA